AUGCCACUGUUUCUCCAGAUUUUUUUGCUCCUAACGUUGGCCUCUAGGAAUCAAAUAUUGAGUCGUUCAAUCACAUCAUUUGCGGGUGAGUACUUAGUUAUUUCUGUUUCCUUGCAUAGAAGUUAUAUUUCCCAUACAGCAGUACCUACACGGAACUACUUUUCUCGAUAAAACUUUCCAUUGAAACUUGGCUUUGACUGUGUCCGUUAAAUUUUUUGACUUAUCAUAUUUUUUUACAGCUAAUUGUGCUGAGCUUUACAAGGCUGGAAAUACAACCAGCGGUGUCUACACGAUUUAUCCUGAUGGUUUAAGUGCAUUUGAUGUGUACUGUGACCAGAGCACAGGUGGAGGAGGGUGGACAGUCAUCCAGAAGAGAAUGGACGGCUCUGUAAAUUUUGAUCGUAGCUGGUGUGACUUCAAGCGUGGCUUCGGUAACUUGAAUGGCGAGUUUUGGUUAGGACUGACCAAAAUAAACCGUCUCACUUGGAGAACAAAGAACAAACUUAGAGUAGAUUUGGAAUUUAACCUCACCCAGGGCAUUCAACGAAUUUUCCAAGAGUACAACUUGUUCGUUGUUGAACCGGAAUUAAAAGAUUAUGCGUUAACUAUUGGAAGUGUUUUAACAGGUAUUCACAUCUGAUGGAUGAUGAUUAUUAUCAUUCAUACAAAGUCUGAAAAAAUGAAUCAAUUUAUCAACUGGAUGUUUAGGCUUAGAAAAUUAGCUUUAUACUGAAAGCGAUGACAGUCGAAUUGUAAUGAAAUCUGAAUAAUUUCGCAGUGUUUCGAAGCAGUUUUGCUUACGUUGUUUUGUCUUCAAAAACUAACUGUGAUACGAGCCUUUUUUCAGCUGACUGAAAUUGAGCGUUUAAUAAAUGCCGUUAUGAUUCUGUUAAUUUUUUUAGUUAUUUUUUUCUUUUCUUUUCGCUCUGUAGGAAACGCAAGUGAUUCUUUUGAUUACAACCGCAACGCUUCGUUUUUUACAAUGGACAAAGACACGCAGCACGGUUGUGUUAAGAAAUUUGGAGCUUGGUGGUAUCCCAAUAAAGCAAUUUGUGGUAACUCCAACCUUAACGGUCAAUACAAACAAAGAGACGGUUUAAGAUGGGCACUGUGGAAUAAAUAUAAGCCUGAUGAGUCUCAAUAUAAAAUCACCAAAGCCGAAAUGAAGAUCAAGCCGGAUUGCCUAAGAUAA